AUGGAACGUCAAGCGUGGAACGGUGGAGAUGGAGGAGAAGGAGAAGGAGAGUGGCCGAGCGUAGGAAGCGGUAGGAAGGAGCAGGAAGGAGAGGAGGAAAGGGCGAGCGAGAAGCAAGACUCCGUACGAAAUACGAAUGCAGUGGGGGAACAACAUGGAGGAAGGUGCGGUGGUGCUACGAUAGUGGUUUCCAAGCGAGGAGAGUGCUACGCAACGACAGCAGCGCCGUCGUGCUGUCCGGAACGGCGACGAGUGUAUCAGCUCCUAUCGUCUGCUGCUACUCCUUCACAACCUCCUCCUCCACCUCCUUGCCCGUCGUUUCCUCCGUUUCCUCCUUCUCCGUCACUUCCUUGCUCACCUCUUCUUCCUCCUUCUUUUCCUCCACUUCUUCCUCCUUCCUUGGCGACUACGGUGGCGGCGACGACAGCAACAGCAACGAGUCAAAGCACCGGUUUCCUCGCCUUUGUUCGAACCGGCGAUCACCGCGUCGUCGCGGAGCCUACAGAGGAAAGAUUCAAAUGGUGA